AUGGAAUCCAAAGAUAAUAAAGAUAGCCUUCAAGAGACAUCAAUUGAUUUAUCUUCUACAGAAAUAGCUAAUCAAAAAGAAACAAAUCAUGCUUUAAGCCAAAUUCCAUCAGAAAUCCUUGUGAUAAUUUGUGAAUUUUUAAAUCCUAAAGAUCUUUUUUCUUUAACCCUAGUAUGUAAAAAAUUAAGAAGGUUGUUAUGGUCAUUUUCUUCUUAUAUAACGCAACAAAUUUGGCGUAAUGCAAGAAUCAAGUUAUCAAUUCUUGAUGAAUAUAAGGGAAUUCCUCCUCCUGAAGGGAUCAUGUUUGAGCAGCAAUAUAUUUGGUUGAUUCAUUUGGCUGAUGCUUGUCAAUUUUGCGGAAAUAAACGAAGGGGCGCUUCAAAGAUUUAUUGGCCUUUUAAAAUGUACUGUUGUGUACCUUGUAUCAACCUUCGUACUUUAAAUAAUGAAACGGCAAAGCAAAGAGGAAUUUCAUAUACCGUCUUUGAUAUUUUACCUCACAUUGUUCUUUAUCGGGAUAAUCUAAAAGGUUCAAAAUGUGAUAAUAAAUUAGAUAGAUACUGUUUGAGAAGUGAAGCUAUAGGAGUUCAAAAGGAAUAUGAAAGUAUUGUUGAUUUUGAGGAAAAAUUAAAAUGGGUUGAAAAGAAAAAACAACAUCAACUUGUGAUUAAUGAUAAACUGGUUCAGUAUACUCUUCGGGAAGAAAACAGAAUUCAAAGAAUUUGGAGAGAAGAAUAUAAAUUAAGAUUUGGUUAUGGACACGCUAAUCGAUAA